AUUCUGAUCUUUGAAUUGACAUUUUCUACUGCUUAGAGGAUCCCCUGUCCCAGUAUCUCUGGACCUACCCCUCAUGCUGCUGUGGGUACUGCUAUUGAUUCUUGGUUUGCUCAGCAGACAAGCUGCUAUUGCAAAGAAAUCUGUGGUGGAACCCAGGCCUUCAUGGACACCUCUUUUGGAAGGGGAGCUAGUGACUUUAACUUGCCAUGGAGUUGGCCCUCUUAAACAAGAAAAGGCAUGGUGGUACAAAAACCAACAAUUGCAAGAAAUUCUAUCUAAAAACAUUCAGACUAACCAGCCUGGAGAGUACAGAUGCCAGACCCAGGACUCAGCCCUCAGUGACCCUGUAAACCUGGUAUUUUCUUCUGAAACGCUGAUCCUGCAGACCCCAUAUUCUGUGUUUGAAGGAGACACGCUGGUCAUGAGAUGCUGGGGAAAGAACACGGGGACAGUCAAUUACAUUGCAUACUAUAAAGAUGAAAGAAAAUUGCCUGAUUUUUUAAAAAAAUUUAAUGUCUUCUUCUCCCUCUCACGAGUUGACUUAAAUGACAGUAGCAAAUAUCAUUGCACAAGAAUUGUUUCUCAAUGGUCUACUUGGACAGAAAUUUCAAAACCUGUAACUAUCCAAGUCCAAGAAUUGUUUUCACCCCCUGAGCUGAAAACCACAACCUCUGAACCCAUAGAAGGGACCCCAGUGAAUCUGAGCUGUGAGACUCAGCUCUCUCCACAGAGGUUAGACACCAAACUGCACUUCUCCUUCAUCAGAGAUGGCACGGUCAUCACUUCAGGUGGGAAGAAUUCCCAUGUGCUCCAGAUCCCAGCCAUCCAGACAAAAGACUCAGGGUCAUACCGGUGUGAGGCAAAAGCAGUGACUCAGAAUAUUUUGAAACAGAGCAACUACGUGAAGAUCAGUGUGAAAAUUCCAGUGUCUCAGCCCUUCUUCAACCUCAGUGCAUUCAGGGCACAGGCCAGUGUGGGGGAUGUGGUAGAGUUUCACUGUAAAGCCCUCAGAGGUUCUUUUCCAAUACAGUAUCAAUUUUAUCAUGAGAACACAAUCCUUGAGAACAAGAUAGCUCCUUCUGGAGGUGCAGCUUCCUUCAACCUCACCAUGACAGUUGGACAUUCUGGGAAUUACUUCUGUAAAGCCAACAACAGUUUCAGUUAUCAACUCAGUGAAAAUCUGACGCUCUCCAUCUCAGAUCCUAUAAGAAGUCAGCCAAACACCGCCAUCAUGGGAAUUACUGUUGCCCUGAUCAUCAUCUUGAUCCUCACUAUUGUUGUUCUUGUGGUUUACUUCAAACUUCUGAGAAAGUCAGGAAGAAGCUCUGCCCCCAGCCCAUACAGGGUCUCUUCCAUCUCGAACCUUCAAGAACCUGUCUAUUCAAAUUCACCUUCCCAAAAGGAACUGGUGCCAAUAUAUGGUAAUGUAAAUCCUGUAGCUGAAAAUGUGGUUUAUUCUGAGUUAAUCACUUCCAAAGAACAUGGAAAAGAAGUAAACAACACAAAGAAGCUUCCAGAGAUUAAGGACUCCCCAGUUAUCUAUGCUGAAGUGAAGCAGCUGAAGUGAAGUGAAGUGAAAACCUACAGAUUCAGAGAAGACCAACGCUGCAGACAGAUGUCUAGAUGUUGCUGAAAAUAAUGAAAAUGCAAAUCUCUUCUGACCCCUCAGCAACAAUUUGAUUCACACUCAAAUUGUUUUUCCAUUUCUAUUUUUAAUUCUUUCCCUAAGUUCAAAACUGCACUCUGAGCAGACACACAUUUGAAGCCAUCUAAUUGAUUCAUUGAUAUUUUCAUUAUGAAAGGAAAUGGAAUCAGCUACAUGGAGAGUGUAUACUUUCUGGCCUAGCUCAUCCAUCCAGGAAAAUAAAUUACAAAACAAAAGAUUGCUUAGUAAAUGCAAAGAUAAAGCAGAGAAUUUGGAUUUGUUUAAUAAUUAUAUUUAUCAAGGUUUGAUAAUUUAGUAAAAUAUGCUUCCAGUCAAGGAUUAUUGCUAUUUAAAAAAAAAAAAAUUCAGGAUCCCACACCGGAGGGCAGAGAACCUAGAAUUAACUAGAAACAUUUUAACAAAUUCUGAUUAUCUUUUCCUUCUUUUUCAAUAUUCUUACAGGCUAUAUCUCAGUUUCUUCAUCUCUAAAAUGAACUAGACAGAAUGAAUGAUCAUUAAAAUCAUUCCAGUCUUAAACAUUAUGUGUAGCUAUUGACAAUGUUCAUAUACUGAGAGACAUCUUGGUGCAAGGGAGAAAACACUAAUUUUUUUCCUCCCAGAAAUUCUCAGUUCUAGUCCUGACACUUUUUAAUCUACUCUCUAGAGAGAAGUAUGCUUGUAAAUAUUUAACAAUUGGACAAGUAUACUUGAUUAUACAAGAUUUUUCAUCACUUUCUUAAGUCUAGAUCAUCAUUGAAAUAGUAUAACAAGCCUUUUCCCGGCCAUUUUUAAGGUAUAAAUUAUGCUCAUGCUAAAAAUUUAAUAAUCAGCUCUUUAGAACUGCCUCAAACAGGCUUAAGCACUUAUAAGAAAAAAAUCAUCUCAUCUCUCAGGCUUCAUUUUCUCAUCUUUAAAUAUGGAUUGACCAAAGUUUCUAUGGUCCAGGGAUCCUAUUGAAGAGUUCUAUCUGUUCUUGUCAUUACAUAAUUCCCCUUUUUCCUCAGUACACUUUCAUAAUGUGCUAAAAUUACCACCUUCAGUGUUUGUCUUAUAUUAAUUACAUUUUAGAGUCAGUGGAUUCUGGUGGCACCUUGCUUUCUUAGUAAGAUGCCUACAAAUUACCCUCCAGGACUGUUCACUUUGGAGAAUGUUCAUUUCAACUGGACCAUUCCUUUCUUGACCAUUGUUCAUGAGGGUGGGAAAAAGAAGAGUCAGUGAUGAUCUACCUCAUAGGUAUUAGUCUAAUCUAAUAGAAAAGCUGGUUUAUAAUGAACAGAAAUAGGAUAAUCAGAAGGAGGACUUGGGGGAGGGACCUGAGUUUGAUUUUAGCCAAGUUGAAUUUGAGGCAAAGUAAGAACAGAGUUGGAGACAUAUAGGAAAAAGAUGGAAAUGUGACCAUUUUUAAUGUCUAUUCUGGAAUAAAGUUGACUUUGGGGCUUCUAAGUACCCUCAAUCUCCUGCACAUACCUUGAUUUUUCUACCUCUAUAUCCCUAUAGGCUAGCAUAGGGUCAAAUACACAAAGUCUUUAAUAAAGAUCUAUUCAGUUUAAUUGAAAUCGCAGCCAUAAAUAAUAUUUUUUUGCACCUGAAAUAAACCUCACAAAAUAUAAGUCUGAUUCAUAAAACCUACCCAAGGCUACCAUACUAUUUGUAUGAAAAAUGGUCUCAAAUAAACUUUGAAAGAUAAAUUAUGCCAGGGUAGGGGCAGAGCAAAUGUUGGAUGCUUGAGAACAGAAUAAUAAACAACAAGGCCAUGAAUAGGAAAAAGAAAAUAAUUUUUUUGUGCAGCAUGAUAAAUAUGGAAAUAUUUAUAGAAGAAUUGCACAUGUUUAACCUAUAUUGGAUUAUUUGUUGUCUGGGGGGAGGAUAGGGAGAAGGGAAGAAAAAAAAAUUUAGAGUACAAGGUUUUGCAAGGGUGAAUGAUGAAAACUAUCUUUGCACAUAUUUUGAAAAUAAAAAGCUAUUAUUUUUUAAAAGAAAAGGAAAA